AUGGCGGUCCCUCUCCGCCCCGUUGCCAUGGCGGCCCCGCCCCCCGUUGCCAUGGUAACGCUCCGCCCCCCGUUGCCAUGGCGGCCCCGCCCCGCGCGGUCACGUGAGCCGCCGGACGCGCCCGCCAUGCUGCGCCCGCCCGGGCCCGGUGGUUCUGGGUGCCCGUGGCUGCUCUGGGGUGUUGUGGGGUGCCCGUGCCAGUUCCCUGGUGCCCGUGGCUGUUCCGUGGUGCCCGUGGCAGUUCUGCGGUGCCCGUGCCAGUUCCCCGGUGCCCGUGCCAGUUCGCGGUGCCCGCCGCCCGCGCCCCGACGCGCCCGCGCUGUGCCCGCAGUGUCGUUCGUGCUGUCGAGGAUGUCGGGGUGCGGGGGCCCCGCCAAGAGCCGGGUGACGGUGCCGAAGCGCGUGUGGGAGUUCGUGACGCGGGAGCGCGCGGCGCGCCUGGCGCUGCUGGCGCAGGAGGCGCGGGUGCGGAUCCUGGUGGACGGCGAGACCCCCGAGCUCUACGUGCUGCAGCUCUGUGCCACCCCCCCGGGCGGCGCCGCGCUCUGCCCGGCGCGCAAGGCGCUCAAGGCGCUGCUCAAGGAGACCGAGAAGGAGCUCAAGAAGCGCGGCCAGCGGCCCGCGGAGCCGCCGGGGGCGCGGCCGGAGCCGCCCGCGGGCGCGGCCGGCUGCCCGGGCGCGGCGCGGGACGAGGAGCCGGAGCGGCAGUGCCCGAUCUGCCUGGGCGAGAUGCGGGGCCCGCGCACGCUGGAGCGCUGCCGCCACUCCUUCUGCGGGGAGUGCAUCGCCCGGGCGCUGCAGGUGCGCUCCGCCUGCCCCGUCUGCGGGCGCUUCUACGGGCAGCUGGUGGGCAACCAGCCCCCCGACGGCCGCAUGCUGGUCAGCCGCGACGCCGCGCUGCCCCUGCCCGGCUACGAGGCCUUCGGCACCAUCAUCAUCCAGUACGUCUUCCCGCCCGGCGUGCAGGGGGUUCAGCCCUGUGCCCCCAAUGCCCCGAUGGUGCCCCCAAUGCCCCAGGUUCAGCUCGGUGCCCCCAAUGCCCCUGGGUUCGGGUACCCCGACCCCACGUACCUGGCCCGGGUGCAGGAGGAGCUGCGGGCCAAGGGCAUCACCGAGGACUGA